GUGACAGGAAGGGGGGUUUGACAGGCUUUGAGUCACCACUGCCAGCAGAGGCUCUGUCAGAGAGGAACAGGAGCUUGAAGGCUAGUGGCAGCAGGCCCAGGAGCUGGUUGCUGUCAGGGCGAAGGUUCAUUUUGUUAUCUCUGGCCCAAAAGAUGCACCGAACAGUGAUGGGCAGUGCCUCCCGAGUGCUCCAAGCUACGGCUCGGGCUUCUCUCCGUCUGCCUGUGCUCCCAGCUCCACGUUAUCGCACAAUGUCUUCGCAACUGCUGCUGGUGCCACCCCCUGCAGUGCUGCAGCAGCCCCUGGCCGUUCCAGACAGGCUGCUCCUGGGGCCUGGGCCCUCAAACGUCCCUCCUCGGAUCUUGAGUGCAGGAGGUCGGCAGCUAAUUGGACACCUCCACAAGGAAAUGUUCCAGAUCAUGGAUGAAAUCAAGCUGGGAAUCCAGUAUGCCUUCCAGACACAGAACCCACUGACUCUGGCCAUCAGUGGCCCGGGCCACUGUGCCAUGGAGGCUGCGCUUCUGAACACAGUGGAGGCUGGAGAGGUGGUGUUGAUGGCAGUGAAUGGAAUCUGGGGCGAGCGCGCAACAGACAUCUCCAAGAGACUGGGAGCUGAUGUCCACCAACUGGUGAAGCCCCCUGGAGAAUACUUUGCACUACAGGAGAUCGAGGAGGCUUUGGCGCAGCACAAGCCCUCACUGUUCUUCAUCACACAUGGAGAAUCAUCCAGCGGGGUGCUUCAGCCCCUGGAUGGCUUUGGAGAGCUCUGCCACAGAUAUAAGUGCUUACUACUGGUGGACUCUGUGGCAUCAUUAGGUGGAGCUCCCAUCCUCAUGGACCAACAGGGUAUUGACAUCUUGUACUCGGGAUCUCAAAAAGUCUUGAAUGCUCCCCCUGGCAGUGCCCCUAUCUCCUUCAGUGAGCGAGCCAGGAAGAAGAUUUUCAGCAGGAGGACGAAGCCACCUUCCUUCUUCCUGGACAUGGGCUGGCUGGCCAAUUACUGGGGCUGUGACGACAAGCCAAGAAUUUAUCAUCAUACUGCACCGAUCAAUAGCUUCUUCAGCCUGAGGGAAGGCUUGGCAAUCCUUGCAGAACAGGGGCUGGAGAACUCCUGGAAGCGUCACAAGGAGAACAGUCUCUACCUGUGUGCAGGGCUGCAGGAGCUGGGUCUCCAGCUCUUUGUGAAGGAACAGGAGGUGCGGCUCCCGACAAUCACCACCUUUGUACUGCCUGAGGGAUAUGACUGGAAGGAGGUCACAGAGUUUAUUAUGAAUAAACAUGCAAUUGAGAUCUCAGGGGGCCUGGGACCAUCAGCAGGGAAGGUUCUUCGAAUAGGACUCAUGGGCUAUAACUCCACCAAAUUCAAUGUGGACCGAGCCCUCCAUGCCCUGAAAGAUGCCCUCCAGCACUGCCACAAGAACAAGCUGUGAGCAGCUCCUAGUGCAGCUGCAGACACAAGUACAGAGAGAUCAUUUCAGGCCUUGCUAAUGCCACUGUCUUCUUCUGAACUCAAGCAGGAGGCUGAAGUGGGGCCACUGCUCUCAUUUCCCUCAUGUCUGUUGUACCCGAUGAAAUAUUGAUGAGCGCCUGACCAGCUGCAGCACCCUACAGGGGAAAAAUGAACCAUGCCAUACCCAAGGAGCCAUGCUCCAUUGAGAAUUGACUGUUUGCAGUGUCAGGUGGAUCUUCACAUGGAUAUUGAGAGUUUUUGCUUUACUGAUGAAUGACCAAGACUUGAUCUGACAGCAUUCAGGUGAAGGAUGAGGCAAAAGGGAUGUGGAGGACUUGGGAGCACAGUGGAACCUGAACCUGCAUCAGUGAGAGUUCUGCUGGACACCUCGGUGCUCCCGUCUAGCAGUGACAGCAAGGCCAGAGAGGUGAGCACCAAGCUAAAGUUAAGUCCUGGUCUCCUCAGCCAGGCCCAUUCUCUUCCUAUGCCCUCCCCCUUUCACACCCUGCCCUCUUUUAAGACAGCGGACAUGCAGGCGUGUGCUUAGUGCCAAGGGCUGGCCUGGUGUUUAUCUAUGCCCUCUGUGCCUGCUCUGUUCACACCUGCCCUCCAGCACAACAGCUUUGCACUCCCUGUUGCACACUGACUUGCAGGCCCAUGGAUUCCUGGGAUCAAGGCUUCAUAUUCCUCCUCCUUCUUGCCCUCUGCCAUGUUAGUCCUUUCAGCAUGAGCACAGCAGCCUGGACGGCCUCACAAUCCUGCUUACAGUGGUCCCACAAACAGGAAACUACAUCAUCAAAGCAGAUAUUACAACCAAUCAGGAACUUGGAAGCUCCCUUCAACAGCCAAGCUCUACUGGCACACCCAUGCAAAAGCAUAUGCUAUAUACAUGUGUAAAUUCACUGGUGCACAGAGCAUGACCCCAGAAUAGAUCAUACUGUGUUAAUAAACAGCGACAUAUGGCACAGCA